AACUAGCAAGUCGACCCUUUUCAUCUUUGACCCAGUUACUGGUAUACUCAUAGGGUCAAUUGAUCAAAGUCCAUUUCCGCGGAUCGAAACUCUGCAAGUUUUUAGGACUGAUCAGUUUAGACUUCAAACCCUGACGGUUAAAGGUGUACCUAACUCUCUAGUUCAAUUUCACUGCGUUGGACCCACACCAAAGGACCACACAUGUGUUUGGUUUAUUACCUCUAUAAAAUGGAGAUAUUCUCACAUUCUGUUUCACGGGGCUUAUCUCUGAGUAAACUGUGCAUCAUAUAUUAAGCCUAGGAGGGAAAUGCUUGCAAAAACCUUGCCGAUCAUAGUCUAUAACCACAGCAAGUAAAUAUAACAGAUGACAACUUUAAACUGUAUUUGUUGUACUACUUCGGCCUUCGGAAAAAAUCCCUACCUACCAAACAUAUUUUACCAGGAACGUAUACAGAAACAAGACAUUAUUUCUCCUUCUGUUUGCACUUCCAGAUACAACGACAGUAUGGGCGCUCUCGGUGUCCUGACGUGGCUGACCGCUGCCGGUACCCUGGGCGCCGCCGUCUUUGCUGGUUACCUGUACUCGUCUCUACCUCCUGACGUCGCAGAACCGCGUAAAGUCUUUAUCAUCAAGGGAUUCGAGCGAACAUUUUACUUUGUGGGUUGGGUUUGUGAGAAGAUGGGGUUUAGCGCGAGGGCACCCCAGCCGCCACCACAGGCCUCACACCCCAACCUGGAAGUGACGGACACGUCCUUCGAUGGCGUCCGGGUUCGAGUCUACAAACCACAAGGUCAGGAACCUGGAAGCAAAAUGGCUGGCCUCAUGUGGUUCCAUGGAGGAGGAUGGGUGAUUGGUUCUGUCGAUGGAUACGACGCUCUUGUCGGACACAUCGCAAACCAGACGGGCGCCGUGGUGGUGUCAGUUGAAUAUCGGCUUGCCCCUGAACACAAGUUCCCCAUUCCGUUUGAAGACUGCCUCACGGCUACCCAACAUUUCCUCCAACACGCCAGUGAGUACGGAGUCGACCCCACAAGAAUCGGUGUGGCAGGGGACAGCGCUGGCGGCAACCUGGCUGCCGCGGUCGCUCUGAGGUUGAAAAAGAACGACAAAAAGAAGUUCCUGCCAUUAAAACUCCAAGCGUUAAUCUACCCUGCUCUACAAGCGUUCGACUUUCAGACUCCUUCUUACGUCAGCGGUCACAAGUUCUUCGUUCUUCUCCCUGUUGAGAUGAUGACUGGAUUCUGGAUAAAGUACCUCAACAACAACAUGUCCCUGGUCGACAUGUUUGCAAACAAUGAGCACACGGCUGCGCUAAAGAAGUCCCGUUUUGCCUCUUUCGUUGAACGACACUUUCUAGACGACUCCGUGCCAAGAUUGGUCCCCGAGGACGUCAGUGUAGAUCUACCAGACGACAUGAAGGACCUCCUGAACCCCUACUAUUCUCCACUGAUGGCAGAAGACGCCGACUUGUCCGGACUUCCCAACACUUACGUCACUGUUUGUGGCACGGACGUCCUGAGGGAUGACGGGAUCAUGUACGCCAGGAGGCUGGAAAUGGCGGGAGUUCAGGUCCGACUGGCGCGCUACCCGUCAGGAUUCCACGGUAUCAUGUCAUUCUCAUCCAAACCGUUUUACUUAGAGGUCGGGAAACAGAUGCUACAGGACUUGACAACGUUCUUACGUCAUCAUCUGUGAUGUUGACAUCAUUACGGUCGGUUUAUGACAACCAUAGGCAUUGGAUGAUAUAUAGAAGCAAACAUACGGACGGCAUGAAAGAGAGACAGUACGUAUGCGCGCGCGCUCGUUUGUUUGGGCUAGCACGAGCAUGUGUGACAGUGUGUGACAGUGUGUGUCACAGUGUGUGUGUGUGCGUGACAGUGUGUCUGUGUGCGUGUGUGUGUCACAGUGUGUGUGUUUGUAUGUGUAUGUGUAUGUGCCUUUGUGCGCGCAAGCCCACGAAAGAGAGAAAGAGAGAGUGAGAGAGAAAGAGAAAGAGAGAGAGAGAGAGAGAGAGAGAGAAAGGAAGAUUAAUUUCAACCCACUAUAGUUCUACAAUCAAUUCCUGUUUCAUUUUGCACUGAUACCAAACUUACAACGUAACUGUAUGAUGUUGAACUGUCAACACGGCUUACAAAGGAACAUGGUUCGCACUGCGGCACAAGAUGCGCUUGGGAAUGAAAAUAAAAAUAU